CCCCGAGCGCCAAUGUAACGGCUUAGUUGGCUCAGCAAAGAUGGAGUCCGACACAGAGGAAAGGGUCUCUCCCUUGGCAGAUUAACACAGUGCACAUUAGUUCCCUGUCUGGAAAUUUAGCACAGAUGCCAUGGCCCUUCAGAAAAAGGAAGUGCGCGCAGAUUUAAUAUUGUUUACACUCAAGUGUGUUUUUGUGAUCUGGUUUCAGUGCCAGUCACUUCCCAUUUGUUCUGGUGAGAAUCAAAUAGUUGUUUCUAAAAGCUUGAGUGUCUUAGACACUUCAUUUAAAAAGCUUUCUAAGACACAGCCCUCUUAGGCCAAGCUUCAUGGAGACAUAUUUAAAGUUGCAGAUGCAGAACUAACAUCAACACUUAUCUGGUAGGAUGUGGUUUUGAACUACAAUGGCAUUUUCCAUGAAACCACUGAAUUUCUGCAAACUCGUAUACAUCAGUGCAAUAAUAUCUACUUUUAGCAGCUUACUUGAAACUUCUGGGCCACGACUCAGUCUGGAAAUGAAACGGCCAGAGGAUUUUGAGUACUUUUUAUCAUGGAAAGCGGGAAAUAGUUCAAGGACACCAGCAUGCUACACAGUGAUGUAUAAGGAGAGUAAUGUUGACUGUAAUUUACCUACCAUGGGAACAGAGUUGAAAUCAGCAGUGAGAGGCCAAGAACAAGUUAAUUCUUACAACAACUCCAGGCAAGUAAAAUACUCUUUAGAAGUUGAUGCUCAUAUCUAUAUUUGUCCUGAUGGUCUUUUUACCUCAGGAGGAUCCAGUUUCAUGGUUCUUUCUGGUCGAUGCUUGCAUCUCCAUCACAGACAUUCUCUUUUCCCCCCCACCAGGUCGCAGCAAAGUCAGGAUCCAGACCAUCAUGUUCUAGGACCAUGGGAACUGGCUACCUGUCCAGCUUUGUCAGAAGCAGAUGCACAGUCACCAGAAAUAAAGUACGUUCUAAGGUGGAGGAUGAAAAGAAAUUCUCAGCAGAAACCCAGUAAAGUUGGACCAACAUUUUGGCCAAUUAUCAUGCAUUUCUUUGGAAUCACUGUUUUCCUAUUGAAAAAAAUGUAUUCAUUCUUGUUUCUAUGUAGUUUUCUAAAAUCAAGCUACCAGAAAGUCCAGGAAUGUACCCAUAUUACAAGGCCAUUCUGUAAUCUAACGAAUGAAUUUGCAGAUUUUUGCAAAGGAUACAUGAUUAUCAUAGUAAUACAAUACACCAGCAAUGGAAUAAAUUAUUCAGAUGGUCUGUCUUUCAGUCCAUACUUUUCACGAUGCUUUAGGCCACCCCAGUUUAAUAUUUCUGUUUGUCAAAGCUGUGUAAACGUCACCGUGAAACUUUCACCUCUGUUACUUAAAGUUUAUCAAGAACUUCAUUAUACAAUCACAGUGGAAACAGCUGAUAUCAAGGAAAAUCGUAUUGAUAAUAAAACCAAACAUGACAGUUUCUUCACUGUUCUUGAAGAUUUGCAUCCAAAUAAAAAUUACUGCAUUGCUGUUCAUGUGUAUACAGUUCAUAACAAGCAGUGCACUUCCACCAUUCCAAAAUGUGUUAUGAUUGACUCCAACAAUAGACAAGAUCAUAUUAUACUUUCAAUCUUGGCUGUAUUAAUGGUGUUGGUAGUGGUACUCUGUCUGUUUAUCCUGCAUAAGACUGGUUUUAUUUUUUUAAAAAGGAAAAAGUGGCCACGUGUCUUGAUCAUCAAACAUAGCAUGGCUUAUUCAAUCUUUGGAUCGGAUGUCGAAGAAGUGCAUAACGUCCAAGUCCAGGAAAGUAAAGAACAGCAACACAGUGAGGAUGAGGACAGUGAAAGUGAUGUUGAAAGUAACUUCGAUACUAAAUGUGGCACCUUGAACGAGAUUUCAAAAUUCUUCUCUGAGGUAGACAUCACUCAGAAGCUGUCCAUAGGCUGCUCAGCUACUACAAAUGAGCUGACCAGAACAUUAGAUAAUACAACAGAAAAAAAUCAGAAUGAUAUUGACAAAGGCAGCCCAAUUACCCAAUUAUAUCCUUCUGAAGUGAAUUCCACCCAUGGAGCAGAAUCAGAACGUAGAGGCUGCUUAAAUGUAAACUUAAAUACUGUGAUGCUAGGAAUAUUGGAUGAAAAAUUGGAUUUUUCUACAACAUUUGACCAUGAAGAUAUACCAGACUUGAAGGAGUCCUGUAUUUCUGAUGCAUUUGAACCAAACCAUUUCACUGAAAUGCCAGAUAGGCAGAGCUUUGAUGUUCAAAGCCCUCUUUGUUCAUGGGAAAAUCUUAGUGGGUCUGAAGACAGUGAAUCAUCUGAUUCAGAAACAGAAUGUACCACUGGAUAUAUGAGAAGAUGAAUCCAUGAAAAGAUAUGUGUGUGUGUGUGUGUGUGUGUGUAUACGUGUAUAUGUAUACGUAUACGUAUAUAUGUAUAUCGGAAGG